UUCUGUGGAUUCUGGGAUUUGAACUCAGGCGUCCAGGCUGGUUUGGCAGCAUCUGCUGAGCCAUCCUUCCCUCACUCUACCUGUAUUUUUGCAUCUGUGAUCUGCUCAGUGGUUUCUGUGCUGCUCCCAUGGAGCAGUGUCUCCCCCUCACCCGCUGGCUUGACAAGUCCUGUGGUACACGCUGAUUACCUUUGUGGUCACACUCAGUUACUUUCCCAUACCAAUCCUUUGCAUUGUUGGAGCUCUAUCAUUUUCUUCACUGUUUAUUUACUUUACUAUUUUAUUACUUACUUACAUUACUUACUUAUGCAAUGUUUGUUUAUUUAGCUUUUCCAAAUAUACAGAGAUCCUUCCAUUUUUAUAUGUUUAAAGUAUGUCACCUAGCUAGGAAGGAAUCCCUCACUGUGCCCUCCCCAUUUAUCUCUGCAGUUACCCUUUCGCUUGUGGAUUUUGUUGUGCCUUUCCCUUUCAGUCUGGAUCCUGUUCCCUGCAGUUCCCCUUAAGGGUGGACCAGGCACUCCUGUGAUUAUAAGUGAGUCAACCAUCCUUUGCACAGAUUUUCUCAGCUUUGCCUACAAGGCCUCUUGGUUAUUUGGUUUCCCUUUUUCUGUUCCAUGAGCUUGGCAAAUGCCCAUUUACUGUUCUGUGCUUCUCACACACACUUACUACCCAAACAUACAUUUUUAGCAGUUCAUGGUUUGUUCCUGUCAUCAUAUAAUAGGGGAUUUUGUGCAUGAGGUUAUGAUUUUGGUACUUAAUUCUCUUUGGUUUUAUUUGAGAUUUAAAUUUUAAGUUCCUGACAUGGUGGUACACUCCUGUAAUCACAGCACCAAGGAGCAGAGGCAGGAGGAUUUGGGUUUGAGGCCACUUCAUCUACAUUUGCUCUUUUUAUUUUUUUAAGUUUUGCUAUUUACAUGUUGUGGAUCACCACUUGCUACAUAGAUUAUUCUGAUUCCAUUGUGGUUAUAUUAAAUGCAGGCUGAACUCCAGCUGAAAGCUAGCUAUAUGAUUAUUUCAAGUAAACCGUCAACAUUAUUGCUGUUUGUCGGAGUGACUGUGAGCCACCUGAUGUGGGUGCCAGGAGCUGAAACUGGGUCUCCUACAAGAGCACAUUACUGGAAAUAAUUAUGAAAAAUGGAAGUACUGCCGGAAACAGCACACAUUGCCGGAAACCUCCAGGGAGCAGCGACCAGAGCAAGCCCACCUGUGCCAAGGACAGCGCACCCGGCAGUGGCGAAGGUGGAAAAGUCUAUACCAAAGACCAAGUAGACGGAGUUCUCAGCAUAAACAAGUGUAAAAAUUACUAUGAAGUUCUUGGAGUUACAAAAGAUGCUGGUGAUGAAGAUUUGAAAAAAGCUUAUAGGAAGCUUGCUUUGAAGUUUCAUCCAGACAAAAAUCACGCCCCUGGAGCCACGGAUGCUUUCAAAAAGAUUGGAAAUGCUUAUGCGGUUUUAAGCAAUCCAGAGAAACGAAAACAGUAUGACCUCACAGGCAGUGAAGAGCAAGCUUGUAAUCACCAAAACAACGGCAGGUUCAACUUCCACCGAGGCUGUGAAGCUGACAUAACACCAGAGGACCUGUUCAACAUCUUCUUUGGUGGUGGAUUCCCUUCAGGUAGUGUACACUCGUUUUCAAAUGGCCGGGCUGCUUACAGCCAUCAACAUCAGCACCGACACAGUGGACACGAAAGAGAAGAAGAAAGAGCAGAUGGAGGGUUUUCUGUGUUCAUCCAGCUGAUGCCCAUUAUUGUGUUGAUCCUCGUGUCCUUGUUAAGCCAGCUGAUGGUCUCCAACCCUCCUUACUCCUUAUACCCCAGAUCUGGAUCAGGACAAACUAUUAAAAUGCAGACAGAAAACUUGGGCGUUGUUUAUUACGUCAGUAAGGACUUUAAAAGCGAAUAUAAAGGAACACUAUUACAGAAGGUAGAAAAGAGUGUGGAAGAGGAUUAUGUGACUAAUAUUCGAAAUAACUGUUGGAAAGAAAGACAGCAGAAAACAGAUAUGCAGUAUGCAGCAAAGGUGUACCGUGAUGAACGGCUGCGGAGGAAGGCGGAUGCUCUGAGCAUGGACAACUGCAAAGAGCUUGAGCGACUGACCAGUCUCUACAAGGGGGGAUAAGCUGGAAGUCCUGCUCACUCCUUUCCAUGUACUCUGUCUUUUCUGUAAAUUUCAUUUCGCCAUGAAGCCGAAGAAGAUUUGAUUAAAGACUAAGCUGAGUAGUUGA